AUGUUUACGCUUGCGUGGGGUCUGUACAGCUCUUUGUUUGGGGAGAAGACAUACAAAGUCCUUAUCAUCGGUCUCGAAUCAUCCGGCAAGACAACACUCAUGGAGCAGCUGAAGUGUACUUAUAUUGAGGGCUGUUCUGCUACAACAGAGAGGGGUGGAAGUGGGGCGGAUGCGCUUCCUACACCGGCAGAAGCGACCGUUAUGAAGAAGAAGCGCAUUCUUCCAACGGUUGGUCUAAACGUGGCUCGAGCUACCCAUCGAACGAUACCGCCGCAGACGUACAGUAGUUCAAACCGAGGAAGUGUGUGUCGAGAUAGUUUUGGCGACGUCAGGGCCUCCGCGUCCAUCACGUCGCUGCCACCUGGCACGCCGUCUACGCCAUUCACACCGACUGCGACACGACUCGUAUUGUGGGACGUGGGCGGCUCUCUGCGUACACUUUGGGCGAACUAUUUUGCCCCUUGUCACGGUGUCAUCUUUGUUGUUGACAGCACGCUGGGUUUUAGUACAGCUCCUGCUUCUGCUGCUGUUGUUGCUGCUGCACAGUUCAAUGGCCAAGCAGACUCCUCUUCUUCGAUGACGACGCCGUCAUCGCAUUCGGUGGCAUGCGGUGACAGCAGCGAAAGCCACACACCGUCCCCGCCGUUCAAGAUGCCAACACCGUUAGCGUCGCCGCCAUUUAAUGAGCAGGAGAAGAGGGGGGCCGCACCACCCGGGGUGCUGUUGGAGGAGAAUGAGGAGGCGAGGCGAAAAGCUAUUCGGGAGGCGCACGCACAGAAUGCAGCUGUGCUGCGCGAAGUGUUUUCCCACCCACUAUUGAUAGACGCGCCGCUUCUUAUCCUAUCGAACAAGACAGAUGAGAUGCAUCAUUGCUCCCUCGCAGAUCUUCAGGAAGCGCUUGGACUUGUGCAAAUGGCCCUCAUGCAGGAGGUAUACAAGACUGACUGCGGUGUGGAUUGCUCUUGUGGUGGCAAGCGCCACUCCUGUGCUUCAGACGAAUCGGACAAUCUUGGUGGUUCCACGUCAAAUAGGGGUCGCUCGCUUGGUGGCGUUGACGCUACAGGAACGAGUGGUAUUGGAAACAAGAUCAUCCGGCUUGUGGAGGCGAGCGCGCUCGAUGGUACUGGCGUGCGAGAGGCGAUGGAUUGGCUCGUAUUUCAGAUGCGGGACAGCAAGCGGGUGACUGUGGAUGAGGGCGGAUGA